UUUAAAUACCAGCUGGUCGACUAACCUCACCAUCAAGUCUUCACUACAAGGCCAUAGAAAAGUCAUGUAUUUUUUCCUUACAAAUUUCUGAAACAUAUAUACAUAUCUUUUCUCCAGAUACAUAUUUAUCUCAUCUAGUAUUUCGUUUGAAAAUGGGAUGCAAGCAAAUGGACAAGCCAAAGCAAAAGCAUAAGAGAGGAUUAUGGUCUCCAUAUGAAGACCAUAAGCUUAAAGACUACAUCCUCAAGCAUGGCCAUGGCUGCUGGGCAUCCGUGCCUAUUAAUUCUGGAUUGCAAAGGACUGGAAAAAGUUGCAGAUUGAGGUGGAUUAAUUAUUUAAGGCCAGGUCUAAAGAGAGGAACAUUUAGCACUGAAGAAGAGGAGACAAUUCUGACCCUUCAUGGCAUGUUAGGAAACAAGUGGUCUCAAAUAGCACAACAUUUACCUGGAAGAACUGAUAAUGAGAUAAAGAACCAUUGGCACUCUCAUCUAAAGAAGAGUGUGUCCAAAAUGGCUAAAACAUAUAGUGAAAAUGCAGAAGCUUCAUCUUCUUCCAUGAAAUUGGUUUCCAAAAAAUCAGCUAAUCUGGGCUCCUUUGAACUCGUAGAAGGUGCACUAUUAGCCGAUAUACAUCAAUCCACUUUACAUGUUCAACUUCCACAAGAAAAUUGCGAAUGUAAUUUACCCAAAGUGUUAUUUUCGGAGUGGCUCUCAUUAGAUCAGUUUAAUGUUCAGGAUUUUAAGAACACUAUCAAGCAACAUCAUUCUAAAAACAACUAUGGAUGCAACGAUUCAGUGUUCCAAUUAGAUGCUUUUGCUCAAUAUGGUCCACUACUAGCUAUGAAUGAAGCUAUUACCUAUGGGAAUGACAUAAAUGGCGGUUUUAACAAUAUGUUUCAACCACCUCUCAAGUUUGACAAUCAAAUCUUUGUCAAUGGUUUUGAGGAAUUUAUAUCCGGGGAAUUUAACAUGAACGGCGGUGUGAUGUACAUAUGAAUUUUUUUUUUCUGAUUACUUUACCAAAUAAUGUUGGUAGAUUUUUGGGAACCAAUAAUACAGGAGAACUAAAAUUAGUAAUGUUAGUAAUGUUAUCAUGUCCUGUUUUGCUCAUAGAGCUGAGAGGAAGCUAGCGGCCAGCAAAGACCUAGCUAGUUCAAAAAGGGUAGUCGGAUGUAAUAAGCUCGAGCUAUGCAUGAGUCUAAAAAAGGAUCGGACUACAAGAGGUUCUAGUGGUCAUCAUAGUCCCGAUAAAUGUUAAAAUAGAUCCCUUUUUCACAAAUUUCGAAUAAGCCCCAUCUGUAAUAAAUAGAGAGAUAAAAGUCUUUGAUGAGGUUCUUACAUACACAUUUGAUAACGAAUAAAAUACAAUGUGCUGAUCCAUUUACAUACU